ACUCCGCCGCCUCCACAUUCUUCAAUGCUGCCCAUUCCUGUCCGGGGACCUUUCCACACUCAACUUUAGCACAAUUCAGCCGCCAUCGUGGUUUCACAAGACAACCAAAAGCACAGCUACCAAGCACACCGCCGCCGAGCAGAACGAGGUAUCGAGAAAAUCAUGGCUACUCCCGACGACACGACGCCGGCUCUUGCCACGGCGAAAGAAGCACCGGCCGCGGCCCCCACCGGCAGCAGUCAAUCCGAGCAAUCCGACGCCGCGACGCUGGCGCACAUCGAGCACUACCACGCCACGCGCUGCGCGGCCUCGCCCAUCUACGCCUUCCUGCUGGGCACACCCGCCACGGGCCCGCUCGUGCGCUUCACGCACGCCCGCAAGGGGCUCUUCACCGCGCGGCUGCGGCUCGGCGCGCAGCACCUCAACUCGGGCGGCGGCAUCCACGGCGCCGUGUCGGCCACGCUGGUCGACUGGGCCGGCGGGCUCGCCAUCGCCGCCUGGGACCUCCGCGCCGCCACCGGCGUGAGCGUCGACAUCAACAUCUCGUACCUCUCGUCUGCCCGGCUGGGCGACGAGAUUGAGAUUGAGGGGCGGGUCGAGCGCGUCGGGGCGAACUUGGCGUUCACCGAGGUGCGCAUUUUCAAGGUGGUCGAUGCCACGGGGGAGAGGGGCCCGGUCGUGGCUUCGGGGAGGCACACGAAGUUCGUGAGGGAGACGAAGAAAUGAGGGUUGGGGGAUCGUCAGCUGGUACUGUGGCUGUGAGACUGCAAUGGAGCUGAGGAGACACCUGGACGGCUGCCAAGUGGACAAAUGCGUCACUUCGGGCAUCGAUGUUGCACCAGAUACCCAGCUAGCUCCCCUAUAGACCGAUUGCAAGGGGCUCACAAAAUAAUACCAGCCCAGCUGCCCCUCGGACACUUGCGAACC